UUUUUUAAUCUUUGUUCUUCCCUGAUUUCUUUCAUUAUUCUUGAUUAUAUGUCGUCAAAUGAAAAGAAUGAUCCACAAUAUAAUUAUGAUUCUUUCCAAGGAUUCAACCGAUCAACCUUUCCAUUCUUUGACGACAAUAAUCCUAGUAUCUACAACCAAGCUGCUGCUGCUGCUCCAUUACCAACAAUACAGGGCCUUGAUCCAUCUAACAUGAGCUUCGCUGACUGCUUACAUGGCUCCAUAGUCGACUACAACUCCUUUUCAAGAGCCUUCGACAUGUCUUGUUCUUCAUCUGAUGUUGUUAGUCCGAUCGAUGAUGGUAGUAACUCCAUGAAAAUUGGCAGAACUGCAGAUAAUUCAGCAGGGAAUAACACUACUGAAAACCCAUCCACACCAAAUUCCUCAGUGUCCUCUUCCUCUAACGAGGGAGCAGCUGCUGAAGAUUCUAGCAAGACCAAGAAAGAUAAGAAGCCGAAAGGGUCCAAAGAUGGAGAUGACAAAUCAAAGAAAGUGAACAAACCAACAAAGGAGAAACGGCAAAGAGAGCCGAGGUUUGCCUUCCUCACCAAGAGUGAGAUUGAUCAUCUUGAAGAUGGAUAUAGAUGGAGGAAAUACGGACAGAAGACAGUCAAGAAUAGCUCUUAUCCAAGAAGUUAUUACAGAUGCACCAGCCAAAAAUGUGGUGUUAAGAAGCGUGUUGAAAGAUCAUUUCAAGACCCAUCAGUCGUUGUCACAACAUAUGAAGGACAGCACAACCAUCACAUUCCAACAACUCUUCGAGGCAAUGCAGCUGGGAUGCUUUCACCUUCAAUUCUGGCAUCAUCAGCAUCAAUGGCUACCAGCUUAUCUCAAGAGUUCCUAACUAGUCAUUUCCUUCCUUCAACAAGCAACCCAGCCGGAGACACGAACUCCAUGCACUAUCAAAGCCUUUCUCCUCAUCACCAGCAGCAACUUCAAGUUCCUGAUUAUGGCUUAUUACAAGAUUUAGUUUCUUCCUUCGCCCGCAAGCAGGCGCCAUGAAAGUCUAUAUAUAGUGAUCUAUCCCUCUCCUUGAAUUUAUAUAUAAAUGAACUAAUUACAAGUAUGAGGCUCACUUAGAGCAUUAUAUCAGACAAGCUGGAGUUCCUGCAUUCAUAUUCUUCAUCUUGCAAUAUUCUCUUCCCUCUCCUUUUGUGAAAAUCCUGAAUGAUGGCUAUUCUCUUUGAGCUAAAUGCAACUCUUUUUUUAUAUAUUUGCCUCCCCAAUAUAUGGGAAAUAAAAACAUCAAUGGAGGCCAUGGGGUUAAUCCAGGUAUGAAGUUUGGGAAUCCAUUUCUUUUUGUGGUGCAAAUGCAAUUAUUCAGAUGGUCAUAACUCACUGUAACGAGGGAUGAAUUUGUAAUAUUGGAAGUCCAAAUUGAUUGUUCCUUAAUUUAUUCUCUUUUCUACUAUAAAUUUCAUAUUAUCUCAUGUUCUUGGAAACAGUUCCUUGGCAAUGACAAUGAGCUGAUCUUCUCCAUUUAAUUGAUCCUCUUUUCUGAUUAUGAGUAUCAUAAUAACUAAAAGUGGCACUGUCUGACAAGGGAAAAUUUAAAGGGGAAAAAAGUUGACUCCAUAGCCUUGGCUGAGGGAAGAUAUGGAGAAAAAGUGUGACUGUCAAAGAAAUUUGUUGGACAAGACCAAUUAUGACCUUACCAAAUUACCAUGCUGAUUCCUUGAUGGAUAUAUAACCAAAGAAUAAGAAGUUUGGUUUACAGCA